ACCUUGACGGAUUUCACAGCUCCAGCAGCAGGGAAACACACCCGUCAGCAGCGCGCAUUGGAGACAAAAAAGCGCAUCACGGACAAAGGAAACAUGGGUGCGCUGGAGAGGAUUCACCUCAGCCGGGUAACACAAUGGAUGAGCCGCUUGUGUUUCGUUUACCGGGAGACCAAUUAGCCCACCUUAAUGAGGUGCUGGGAUGCAAGAUACUGCAAGCUAAAAAGGCGGAAGGCUGCGUUUAAUCCGUCUGCGGAUCCUAUGAGCUUGCAAUGGCUGUGGCGGGGAUAUGCAACUGGAUAGGGAAUAAUGUGCCUUUUUAUUUUGUGAUAUUUUCCUUAUUUUGUGGCCUUUCGUUUGGACAAUUGCGAUAUUCUAUUACGGAAGAACUCGAAAAUGGGGCACUGGUCGGUGAUCUGGCGCAUGACUUGGGGCUGGAUAUUCGAAAGCUCGCCACCCGAAAAAUUAAGGUAACCUCCAACAGCGGUAAACGCUAUGUGAUUGUCAACCCCAAAAAUGGCAAAUUACUUGUCAAUGAAAGGAUCGACAGGGAGGCACUGUGCGAUUUAUCCAGCACCUGCCUCAUUAAUCUGGAGGUGCUGGUCGAAAACCCCACUGAGGUGCACCAUGUCGAGGUGGAGAUUGUGGAUGCCAAUGACAAUGCGCCGCAGUUCCCCAGAGACGAGUAUCAGCUGGAAAUCUCAGAAUCUGCUCUGCCGGGGUCUCGUUACCCGAUUGAAAACGCUCAAGACCCAGACAUUGGGUCAAAUUCAGUUCGUAUGUAUCAGCUCAGCACAAACGACCAUUUCGCGCUGGUAUCCAAUAAACCCUCCCUAAACACAAAGCACAUCGAGCUUGUGCUCAAAAAGCCCGUUGAUCGAGAACAGACGCCUUACCACCAAUUAAUUUUAAGUGCUGUGGAUGGUGGGACACCAGAGAAAACAGGCACGGCUAAAAUCAAUGUCAGGGUCCUGGACUCAAAUGACAAUGUCCCCACGUUCGACAGCUCAGUAUACAAGGUGAAACUGUUGGAAAAUUCGCCCAAAGACACCCUGGUUAUUAAACUGAAUGCCACUGAUCUGGAUGAAGGCACAAAUGGAGAGGUUUAUUACUCUUUCAGCAGCUACACUCCUGAGAGAGUGAGGCAGAUGUUCAGCAUGGACACCAAUACAGGAGAAAUAAGAGUGAGAAGCAAUGUUGACUAUGAAGAGACCAACUCCUAUGAGAUGUACAUUCAGGCAAUGGACAAGGGCCCUGGGGCCGUGGCAGCACACUGUAAGGUAGUGGUAGAGGUGGUGGAUGUGAAUGACAAUGUCCCUCAGAUAGUGCUGUCAUCUCUGUCGAGCCCCGUGAGGGAGGACGCCCGUGCAGACACGGUCGUGGCCCUCAUUAGCGUUACUGAUCGAGACUCUGGCGCUAACAAGCAGGUGAGCUUGGAAAUCCCAGCAGGCCUUCCUUUCAAGAUCAAGUCAUUCAGAAAUUACUACACUCUGGUUACCUCAGCCUUCCUGGACCGCGAGACCACCGAUGCCUACAAUGUCACUCUGAGUGCCACGGAUGGAGGAAACCCUCCGCUUUCCUCCCAGAAGACCAUACAGGUGGAUGUGGCCGAUGUUAAUGACAACCCACCGCGAUUUGAACAGACUUCAUAUACUGUCUAUGUGGCUGAGAACAAUGCCCCCGGGGCCUCUUUGUGUACUGUGAAAGCUCAAGACGCAGACAUCAAAGAGAACGCACGCAUCACCUACACAGUGCUCAAUGACAACAACCAUGGCAUCCCUGUCACCUCAUAUGUGUCUGUGAAGGCCGAUACGGGGGAGGCUUAUGCCCUAAGAGCCUUUGACUAUGAGUCACUGAGAGAGUUUCACUUCCAGGUCAAAGCCCAAGAUGGGGGCAUUCCUCCACUCAGUCGCGUUGCCACUGUCUACAUCUACAUAAUGGAUCAGAAUGACCAUGCACCACUGAUAGUCAACCCUCCCGGCAAUGGUACACGCUCACUGGAAACGGUACAAAAGAACGCAGAGCCUGGGGCCUUGGUGACCAAAGUGGUGGCAUACGAUGCAGACGCUGGUCCAAAUGCCUGGCUGGUGUACGUGCUGGAGACAGCCACUGACCUGGACUUGUUCAAGGUGCACGAACACACUGGUGAGAUCAGGACCACUCGGAGGAUCCUGGAGGACAACUCCACCUCCUUCGCUUUAACCGUUGUAGUGAAGGACCAUGGGCAGCCUGCUCUCUCCUCCACUGCCACCAUCAAUGUGGCCGUCAUGGAGGUGCCCCCCAAAGUGGCUCCUGACCCCAAGAGGAUCAUCCGACCUCACAGCACACUACUCUUCUCCAAUGUGACCCUCUACUUGAUCGUGGCUUUGAGUGCUACCACCUUUGUUUUCCUGGUCACUGUGGUGGUGCUGGCCAUCGUUCGCUGCCAUGCCUACUGCACCCAGCCUGGGUCCUGCUCCCCUUGCUGUGUGUCUCAGAAGCCCCCUCCAGAUGGCGGGAGCAGCAGCGUAAGUGCUGGUGGGGCAGGCGGCGGUGCAGCCGGAGCACAGCCUAAUAACAAUGUGGUGCUUCGGAGAGACCUUAAAGUAGAGCCUCACUACAUUGAAGUGCGCGGGAAUGGCUCCCUCACAAAGACUUACUGCUACAAGACCUGCCUGACAGCCACCUCUGGUAGUGACACUUUCAUGUUCUACAACACGGGACGCCCCAUCAGUGGCACCUGGGGCAGCGGUGCCGACCGCUUCUUCACGAGUAAUAGUGGAUUUGUACGAAGACUGAGUAUGCCUGAUGCCUCCCUGCAGCUCUGCCCAGAGCCGAAAGCCCCGAAUGCUGACUGGCGAUAUUCUGCAUCUUUGAGGGCAGGGGUGCAGAGUUCGGUCCACAUGGAGGAGUCCUCUGUGAUGCAGGGAGCCCAGGGGAUGCUGGUCCAGAACUGGCCAACUGUGUCCAGCGCUGCAGAUGGAGAUGGUGGUGAACUAUCGCCUCCAGUGGGUGCUGGAGUCAACAGCAACAGCUGGCACUUCAGGUACGGUGCCGCACAGGGUUACGGCCCUCCUCAGCCCCUGAAGCCUGGAGAGAUUCCUCCUGAAGCCUUCAUUAUCCCUGGAUCCCCAGCCAUCAUUUCUAUCCGCCAUGACGCCGGCCCUGUGGAUGACAAAGGUGACUUCAUAAGCUUUGGCAAGAAGGAUGAGGCCAAGAAGAAGAAAAAGAAGAAGAAGGACAAGAAGGACAAGAAGGAUAAAGGAAAGGAUGAUGGGGGGGAUGAUUAGAGGAGAAGGGGUGACUUGAAAACAGAGCUACCAACAAAUCCCAAUUACAGAGCCAGAAUAAAAAGCCAAAUGCAUAUUGUAGAUGCAAGGGAGCCUCCUUGCACUAUAUUUGCAAAGACAUUGUACAGUGGCCAACCCUCAUUAGACAAGUCCUGGCUCCCCACACCAUGUGAACUUGCUAAACAAAUGUUUCUUUUUCUUUCUUGGCUCAUUGGCCCAUAACUUUAGCCUGUAAAAGUCUAAGGUUUAUGGUUAACAAAUGUUCGUAGUCGACAGAGUUCAUCUAAAGGUUGGACCAAAUUCAAACAGAAAGGGUUUUAUUGGAUUAGAUUAGCCUUUCUGUGAUUUGCUGCCCCCACCAGUUUGUAUAAUGAAAACAAAAACACCUGAAAAGGUGUACUAUUUGUAUCUGACCAUUGUCAGCUGAGGCUGCCUGUGUUGGCAUCUCUGUCUUUAUGCAGCCCCCUUCCUUUUUGGCUCACCUAGUUGGAGGUGAAGUGAAAGCCAAACAAAAAAAAAAAAAUGAAACAGAGGCUUUUGUCUUCAGUAUUGUGGAGGCCUUGUAGAAAUUCAGAAAAUGUGGUCUUUUGUAUAAAAAAAGAAAAAUGAAAAAGUAACAACAUACAGUAUAUGUACCAUGAGAUUAGCACCUUGAAGAGAAUGAGGUGGCUGAGACAAGCAGGACCACGCUCGAGCUCUGUUUCAGUGUAACAUAGCACAUUGCUGAGGCUGAGGACCUGGACUGGGUUGCACCAACUAUGCGCAAGUUUGUUCCCAGGUUAGGGUAUAAAGUAGCGGCUUCAUAACUGCUAGUUAAUUUGCAAGAGCAAGUUACUAAAUUCGAUUGUACCAUGGGUAGUAAGGGGGGAAUACUACGGCUCUAUCUAGUUAUGACAUAAGACUUUACAUGAGUAGCCAAUCAGUAAUAGCAUUACCUCGCUGCCACACUGAUUUGCAGUUGACAAGAUUGGCAUAAAAAUUAUGAUUGGUAUAAAGAAUCCAUAUUUGACUCUUUAAGGGCAAUACUAACAUGGUUUAGUCUCUUUUCUACAAAUCUUAUAUCCUUAACCUCACUGCUGAUAUUUUGCGUUUUCAGCAUUUUAAAAGUAUUUUCCUAUCUUUCAGGCAGCCAUUGUUGAUUUCAUUUAUUAGCACAAAAACAUAUAUGUUGAGAUUCCACAUUUUUUCACAUUAAAGCUGGGAUAGGCCUAUUUUUUGGCAUCGUUGUCAAAAAUCCUAUGAUAACCUCUGAGCAUAUUGUAAUUUAAGUGGUCUGAGAGAAAACAAGACUUCUGCACCGCCUCUUGGCUCUGUUUUCAGGCCUUAGAAAUUCUAGCCCAUGACAGGAGACUUGAGUGAAUCACAGGUCAUUUCAAAGACAGGACGUUCCUGUUAGUUGUUGCUGCAAAUGUGCACGUCCAUGGAAAUUGUGAAAGCCUGAUUCAAUGGUGGAAAAUCCUGCAGAAAAAGUAGCUGUUCAAACACUGACAACAACUGCCAAGUUCAUGUUUAUGUAGCUAACGUUGAAUGACAGUGUGUCAUCUCAAAGGGCUUUACAGGCCCACAAGUUUGCAAAGAAAACAGGACGAUAUUUCUACCUCCAGUCCUACAUAACGGCAUUGAGAUGAUUGAAAUCACUAGUCCUCCAGCGUAUAUGCCUGUCUAAACGUCUGGCUUUUUUUGCCUUCUCCAGAAAACUGCCUACCCCAGCUUUAAGAAAUCCAUCAAAGUGAACACAGCAUCUGGUUUUAUUGUGGUAAUAUGCAGAUACAUUUAAAAACUGCGUCAUGUUAUCACAUAACAUGGCAAUGAAACACAGACGUGAUGGAUUAAAGUGCGUCUCACCAUGUUGAUUUUCGUGUUGUAUGGAAAUGAAUGGGAAACAAAUUAUGCCUGAAAAAAGACAGAUUUUAAAAAAAAAAAAAAAAACGGAAAGCAGUCAUCAGUAACGUAUAAUUUGUAGAAAAUGGGCUGAAACAUCCAAAAUCCCUGUUAAAGUCCUUCAAGUUUCAAAAU